AUGAAUGAAGAUAAUAACGUGAUGUUUCAUGAUUUUGUUCAUCCCGAACGUCACUAUGAUCAGCUCGAGAGUGCGAUCGAGGAAGCCGCUAUUAAAAUCAGUGCACAAGAAGCAAUUAUUCAAGAGCAAAAACAAAGUAUAGAAACUUUGAAACAGCAAUUAUUACAGGCUCAAGCAACCAUUCAACACCUUCAAAUGGAGAAUGAAAAAUUGAAAAGAGAAAUUUCAGAAAAAUCUACAAGUACAUCAUCAUCUUCGGGGAUUUACAUUGCAAGAUCAUCAUCGGAUACAACCGGCCUCGCAGUGGUCGGAAGAAAUGCAGCUCAUUCUUCUCCAUUGCAACCUUACACAACAAACACAAGUAACACUACAACGCAAAGGAAUCAACAGCAACGAUUGGGAAUAUCCUCUCAUAACUCCAUCUCUUCAAGACCAAAACUCCAACCUGUACAGGAAGAGAGAAGUGCUAUCAGACCAAUGAGGAGAACAACCUCCAAAACUCCAACAUCUUCCAUCUCUACAUCGACCAAUAGAAAACCCUCCCUUAGACCAACAGCAGGUUCAAGUAGUAGUGUCAAUAAUGGAAAUACUAGCUCUUCUACUUCCUCUCAUAUGAUAUCGGAAGAUGAAUUGCUUGCGAGGAGGUUACAACAAGAGGAAUUAAAUGUAUCUCCCUUUCAGACAUAUAUCGACAAUUUUGAUCAUGUAAUUUCCAAUAAUUAUUUCAAUUAUCAAGAUGACAAUUUUGGACAGGGCUCACAAUCAGUCAGUAGUACACUGCCCUCACAUAUCACAGGAGACGAAUCGUACGAAGAAUUAUUAAGGUUGGAUGAAAAUAUUGUAAAAAUUGGAGUGAACAAAGAUCUUUUAUGGCGAUUCCCAACGUUUAUUCAUGAUGGAGUCAAAUCUGCGAAUGAGGAGAACAACUCGUGUAUCUGCUGCAUGGAGGAAUAUAAUAAGGGUGACCAGUUAAGAAGAUUGACUUGUUUUCACACCUUUCACAAAGACUGUAUCGACCAGUGGUUAGAAAGCAGUCACACCUGUCCUAUUUGUAAAUUAGAUUUAAAUGAAAAUUAA